CUUUCCAUACAAUCCAGGAUGCAGAGCUAAGAUCAGACUGUUGGGAUUGUACAGUGACCCUGUCACAGCUGGGCAGGCCAAACUCUGCGCCCCUUCAGCUGCAUGUGCGGCCCUUCUGCUGGGAUCUGUUAAAAGAAUUGUGGACUUAAAAUGACUGAGCGCUUUGACUGCCACUACUGCAAGGAGUCUCUCUUUGGCAAAAAGUACCUGCUGAGGGAGGAGAAUCCCUACUGUGUGAAGUGCUAUGAGAGCCUAUACUCUAACUCAUGUGAGGAAUGCAAGAAGCCAAUAGGUUGUGAUGGCAAGGAUCUUUCCUAUAAAGACCGCCACUGGCAUGAAUCCUGUUUCCAUUGCUUCCAGUGCAAGAAAUCCCUGGUGGACAAGCCUUUUGCUGCUAAAGAUGAACACCUCAUUUGCACUGAGUGCUACUCUAAUGAGUAUUCUUCUAAGUGCAGCGAGUGUAAGAAGACAAUCAUGCCAGGAACUCGCAAGAUGGAGUAUAAAGGUAACAGCUGGCAUGAGACCUGCUUUAUUUGCUCCCGUUGCCAACAACCCAUAGGGACAAAAAGCUUCAUUCCAAAGGAUAAUCAGAAUUUCUGUGUGGCAUGCUAUGAAAAACAAUUUGCAAUGCACUGCGUCCAGUGCAAGAAGGCCAUCACUACUGGAGGUGUUACAUACCGAGAUCAGCCUUGGCAUAAGGAAUGCUUUAUUUGUACAGGAUGCAAGAAACCGCUAUCUGGUCAACGCUUCACCUCUCGUGAUGAAUUUGCCUACUGUCUGAAUUGCUUCUGCAACCUGUAUGCCAAGAAAUGUGCUGGAUGCACCAACCCUAUAAGUGGGCUUGGAGGAGCCAAGUAUAUCUCUUUUGAAGAACGUCAAUGGCACAGUGACUGCUUUAAUUGUAAGAAGUGUGCUAUUUCCUUGGUGGGCCGUGGUUUCCUUACAGAAAGAGAUGACAUUCUUUGCCCUGAAUGUGGAAAAGACAUAUAAUUUAAAAAAGGCAUACAUGAAUCAACAUACCUACAUGUGACGUCAUACAUAUUCUUAUAAAUAUAUAUGCUUUUAUUCCAUUAAAUCAGUUGUAGAUUAUUUAACAUAUAUCUCUCAGAGGUAACAUUUUAUUCCCAGGCCAUCUGUAUAACACAUUAUAGCAAAAGUUUAGGCUUGUAGGUUAUGGAAUACUGCACAUUGUGAUAUAUUAAAGAGAAAGAGACACUGAAUGCACUAUACUGAAAUCUUACAUUCUGUGCAGACACAGUGCUAAUGCUGACUAACCUCUUGGGUGCCAGUCAGUUUCCAGUUGGCACAAGGGCAGAAUUUUGGAGUUAUUUCAAAUGUAGCACAUGUUCCAAGUUGUUUCAUGCUAUACAUUUUCCCUGUUGCUUUUCCUGUUGCAUCUGACUAAAGGAGCAAAAAAACACUAAGACAUAGAAGGGCCUUAGGGUGGUCCACAUUCCGCAAAACCUCUAGCAACUAGUCUAAUAUAAAGGUUCACCUAGAAAUGGGUCAUAGCAAAAACUGUAUAGUUUAGGAUUUGACACCCCAAAAUAACCAAUAAUAGAUUAACUUUAGAAGCUUGCUUAUAAUAUACCAGUAACAGAGUAACCACAUUUAAUUAAUAAACCAAAAUUUAAUUAUACAAUGUUUCCAGGCAAUUUAUAUUUAUUCCUUGCACAUAUUUCCAAGUCAUCCACUCAAUGGGACUGUAUAACUUGGAGUCAUAUAAAUAAAAGCCCUUAGUUUAUAACUGGUGGAUAUUUGUUUGAAGUUGUUAUUAGAGGCUCGUGAGAAACAUGUUGCUUCCCACCCCCCUAGAUGUUGCUCCCAGUGGCCUCAAAGUAGGCACCCAUUUUUACAUUUCUGGCUUGAAGGCAAGAGCCUCCUGCAGGCUAGCAGCCCACAUGGGGCUACCAAAUAGCCACAGUCCUUAUUUGGCAUCCCCAAAGAACUUUUUUCAUGUUUGUGUGGCUCUCUAACACUUCCUACAUCUCAGUGUGGCUCAUGAGUAAAUACAUUUGGGGUUCCCUUUUCUAUGUACACCUUUAUAUAUUCUCUCUUUUCAGUGAUGUUCCAAAGAUAAGAAGAGAUCAAUGAUAAUAGGAUUAGUGGCAGCUAUGUUUCCAUGCUCAUACAUAACUUCCUGUACAGCAAUACAGAGGGCAUGCUCUUUGCCUGUCAUACUUGUCCCCAUUAUUUCCUUCUACAGGGUCGGACUGGCGGGUGAAGGGCCCACCGGGGCCCCUAACCCCCCUCCCAACGUCCUACCCCAAGCACGUAAAUAUAACGCGUCAGGGGAGGAGCGGUUGGGCAGGGGGAGCGCUGCAAGAGUCGGGUCUGGCUGCCAGGGCCCUGUCCUUCUAUCCUUUCCCCUGCAGCCUGCUUAAGAAUUCUAUGUUUUCCCUACCUUCAAAAACACCAGCAUUCAACAAGGCAGCAGUACCAUAAGGUGCCUUGAUAAGUUUAGCACAUCUUAGCCCAACAAAUUAGUAGUUGGGGAAACUCUUUAGUAUGUGUUGCACUUUGUUUUCUAAAGAACUGUUAUUGCUAUUAUUCAUUUGACUAUUUGUGAAAAGACUAAAUACACUAGGGGGCUGAUUUAUUAUUUUUGAAAGGUAGGGUUUAAUUAUGUCAAUGUAAAUAAAUGUGGUUAUGUUCUUCUUCACAAUACAUGUCAGAUACAUUUUAGUAUAAACAUGUGAGCUUGUGAAAUGUAGAAUGUAGCGAAUCCUACAAAGUGAACCAACCUACAUCCAAUACUUCUGGAAUAUUUGCCUAAAUAUAUUGUUAUGUAUUAAAUAGGGUAAUACAUUUGUGUUCUGAAAAAUGUAUAAACCAAUUUGCCCUUCAUUUUGAACCUCCCUAUUCAUUGCUUAUGGCUCAAUAGGAGGUCAGGCCAUCCUAUUGGACAUCUCUAGUUUUGACCACCAUUCCUCCAGCACUAUAAAUGAUCUUUUGCACCAUAAAUAAGGAGGUAAUCAUUUUACAGCGGGGAAUAGCUGGGCAAAAAGUAAAACUAUAUCUGCAUUUCUCACAGCUGCACUAAUGAUUCUUCCUUCAUUUCUAAUAUGACACCAAAUAUUCUUAAAAGAUUUUUAGAAUUUUUAUUUAUAUUUAAAUAAGAGUACACUCAAAUUUACGUUGAGCACAGGUGUAUAUUGACUACUCGAUGUCACCUCUCAGAGCUUUGUACAAUUCAUAAAUUGUUAAUAAUAAUAACAGCUACACAUACAAGAAUUCAAGAACUGUCCUUGGUCCUCCCAAAGUCAGAAACUGUUUGGAUUCAUGGUGUUAUUUUAGGGCUUGCUGAUUGAGUCUAUUUAGAGUCCAUUGCUUGAAACCAUCUGGGCAACUGGCCAGUAUUAAAGCAUUAAAUCAUUUCAAACUCAAAUCUGGGUGGUUGCAAAAGGUUGAAAAAAAUGGGUCAACCAUCUAGGAUCAUGGCAGACAUUUGACCCUAAUCCUGACUUCAGAAAGGGCAAUCAACCCACAUUUAUGAUAAUACCCCAGCAAAACAUGUUUUGCAUAAAUAAAUCAUUUAUUAUUAGUGUGCUGACCUACUGUGUCGAGAGAGGUCGCUAAUUCGGAUUUUAACCUCUCGAUCCUUCUUACAUCUGAAGAUAUGAGUAUAUUUAUCUUCUGCAAAAUUUCAUAACAUUAAGACAGCAAAAAGUCAUAUAUAAUAGUCUUGCUUAAAAAAUGUACAAAAUUGUAUGUAGAUCACUUACCUUAAUAAUGAAUGGGAAUGGCUCCUAAGUGCCCUGCUCAGGUAAUAAUUGUGCCCAUAUUAUAGAUGUGUAGACAAGUCCUAUACUUUAAGAGAUUCAUAAUAAUAUUCAACAUUUUUAUUGCCUAGACAUUUUCAAGAAAAUGUCAAAAAGACAUAAUGUCACAUGUCACACUCCUUCGAGGUUAUGGCACAAAUCAAGGAUUGAGCACUGCUAUUCCUUAGUCAGGACACUCUACAAGUUAUGUACAUUAUUGUAUUGACAUACAAAGGAAUAUCAUAAGCAGCUUACUGCUGGUCAUUAUCAAUUAAAAAUGAAUUUCCUUUGUAUUUAAUAGGAAGUGGCUUGGGUUAUCAUUAUUAAGUGGCAACAAUCAAAAUCCUAAAGCCAUAUGUAUACUAAAAAUAACACAACACUCUUUAUCUACCAGUGUGUAAAUGGCAUACAUUUUAUUUUGAUUUAUUGUACUCAAUGCAGCAAGUUUUUUUCUACUGAAUUGAAUGGUGUGCUAUGUGUGCUUCUGUGUGUGAGAGGCCAAUAUUAACUGUGCUCUAUCUACACAUAAUUAUAUUUGAUGGGCAGGGUUAUUAAAAAAAGAAAUAACAUUUUUAUUCCUAAAAAAGAUUUAGACUUAAAUAUUAAAAUAUAUAGAAAUAUAUAAUCUUAAAGAAGAGUACUGGCUCUCACACUCUCACAGAUGGUUUAUUGCAUGAAUUGGUGUGAAGAGGAAAAAUGGACAUCACAAAGUCAGUAUUAUUUUACAUGAAUUGCAUUGCACUAUAUUGUUUUUUGUUUGUUUGUUUUUUCGCAAGAAUAAAACGUUUUAAACAGA